GGCCGAUGAUCAGUCUUGAUCGAACUGCGACGAGCGAACGAAGACGAAUCCCUCGUGCGCCGGACGCGGACAAAAUGGCGCUGCCAGCAGUGGUGUUUGUGUUGCAAAGUGUAGCCAUCGGGUUCAUGGUGUUCGUCGCCGUGAGCGUUCAGGCCAGUCCGGCCGGUGGUUGUCCGGAGGAGGCGGAGGACUCGCUCGAGGCAACGGCGGCCUGGAUACCCCGGACACCGGAACAGACACUGUACGCGUACGUGCGCUGUCUAAACGAUUCGUCCGCCAGCAUCGAGAUGAAGAUCCGGUGGGUUAUGUGGCAACCGGAUCAAUCACCCGAAAGCCAGUGUUACGUGAAGUGCGUCAGCGAAAGCCUCCGGCUGUACGAUCCCGUUCGGCGUCAGUUUGACCCCGAGCGGUUCGUGUUGCAGGCUCGCACCUUCCACGAUGAUCCGAACUCCCCGGAGAUGCACCAGAUGUACCGUGACGCACGGGAGCUACUGGCCGGUGAGCUACCGGAUAGUGAGUGUAGUUCGGUCUUUGCCAAAUACGCACCAUUCUAUGCCGUCCACCAGGAGCACAUACUGGACAUCUUUCACGGGGAUCUACGCAAGAUCCUCGUCACGUACAAGCGGCUCGCUGGGCACGUGAAACAGAUCGGCCAGAGCUUCAUCGAGUACUGUGAGCAGCGGUAUGGGUUCAGUUGGGGCGAGCAGGAGACACGCCUGUGUCCGAAACGAACCGCCAUCGAUUGUGUACUACGUGGAUUCCGUUGGAUCACUGAAGAGGGCGCUGUUGAUAUGAGUGAAAUUGAGCGUGACUAUACGAGGGCCGGUCAAGCGAUGGAAGAGUUGGCCAGUAAGUGCACCAGUAACGAUCAGCUGUAUCAUUGUUUGCGAGCGAUCGACGCAACCGCACUUGCGAAAGUGAUUCGGGAGCGUAAUGCGGCGACGGCUUUCUACUUCGAUCAUGCAUCGGAGGAUGAACCUUGGAAGUCGGCGGUACUGUUCGGUAAUUCACGUUUGAAUCGUUCAUCGUGAAGAGUGUUUAGAGGUGGCCCAGUCGCCGGUGUGAUUGCCACAAAAAAUUCAGAAUCUCAGCAUAUUCCAGAAAGUCUGAUUUGUGGCCAGGAUAAAUAAAAUAUAUCGUUAAUCUUCUCCGCGCAUAUUCCGUUUGAUAGAUUUCUUUCACAAUCAAGAAGCUCUUCUAGAUAGUUCCUCCCUUUCAGCACUGAAGAACCGCAAUUGCUGUUGAGGAACAGCA